AUGUUACCAACAGCAAAUUUCGCUGUAUCAUCAUGUUACAAACUUUUCAAGUUCUUCCCUUCGAAUUUAGAAGGAGAGCAAAUUACAAUGCUUCUUGAAGGAUUUGCAGGCACAGUUCUCAUGAACAAAGAAGAGACAAUCAAAACAAGAGUCUUUAUUAUCCAGAAAAUCAGUUCAAUUAAGAAAUCUUCAGGAGAAUCGACAAAACCAUUUGAACAAAUCAUUUCUUAUGUCAAUAACUUUCUUCCUAAGUUUGGAAAGCAGAAAGUAUCACUUGAUGAAGCUAUUAAAAUCAUAACUAGUGUUGAAAUCACUCAAUCAAACGAAAUUUACCAAACCAAUCAUUUAAUGGUAAAUAUGAGGAUAUGGAAGGAUUGGAGUGAAUUGUUGUUCACCAAAGCACACAACAAAUCAAUCCAGAGAUACAGACAAAUUAAUUUGAACUACCAAGCUCCAGUUGAACUUAAGGAUUAA